AUGAGCUUCAAACUCUCCGCGUUGUUGAAUCCCGCCUCUGAGCCAUCGAGUCCGAAGCGUCAUCCCUCCGAGGCGACUCAGGCCCCGCCGGCCCCUACCUCCGGUGCGCCUGCCACGGUGGACACGUCAACGCUUGAGAAUGCCUCCGACGCGCUUUAUGAAGCAGCCGACGCGCUGACGGGCCUUGCCCAAACCGAUCCGUCGCCACGCAACAGCUUCGCGCAUGCUCCUACAUCCACCCAAUCCGCAAACGGUGAACAAGAGGUCCAAUCGGAGAACUAUCCGGAAGCGCGCCGAGCAAGUAGUUAUGCCUCUGUAGCUGUGCCUGUGGAGCCCCUCUCGGUUGAUGCAGCUCCCGAACAACACUCACCAUCGCUGGAGCAAUAUCACCAUCGAUCAAAGUCACCCGAGGAACAGCGGAGACAGUCGCUGAUAUCUAUGUCAUCGAAUCCACAUGUCCUCCCACCCAUCCACGCUCUGGGAACCUUUCCUGAGAGAAGACCGAGCAACGAGCCACAACAGCCUCAGGACACUUCAUACGGACGCGACGCGUCGCAGGUUGUUUCCACGUCGGAAGUUGAUUCAUCGAAAGCCGGCGAGGGCUUGCUGAAUGUUGUGGCGCAAAGCCGUGAGCCCGAUUUUGUGCGCGAAGAACCCACGACUGAUCAAAUACGCGCGCCUUCACCAUCAAGCUUCCCCGCAGAUAUACCCGUCUUCCAGGCGCCAUCCCACUCACCCACUCCGCAAGUCAAGCUCGAGCCAUCGGCAACAUCUCGGGAGCCAACACCCGCACAAGCCGCACUUAAGACCGAGCAAGGCGGUGGCACCCUCGAAGUAGAAACUCUCAGAGCAGUCGCCAGCGCCAGGAACGAACACGGUCUGCGCGGAGUGAGCCGGGAGGCUUCCACUGCAACACCGUCGACCGCACCCACGAUGGAUCCCACGCCCGCCGGCCCGACUGGGCCGAAGAAGCGAAAACUUGUCGACAGCAAGGUCAGGAAGAAGGGUAGCACUGGGCCAAAGCAGCCGGGCAGCAAGAAGCGAAAGGUUGAGGACGACCAAGGUAGACCAUCACCCACGCCCUCUGCGAAAGCUGCGAAAACGAAAGGAUCUAAAAAGUCUGCAACUGGCACUCCAGUCGCCGGAAGCUCGCCAGCAGCACAAUCGUCGCCGCCUCCGCACCAAACCGCCGACGAAGACGAAGACGAAGAGUCGGGCUCGGAUGACGGAAUAUACUGCAUAUGUCGCAAGGGGGAUAACCACACGUGGAUGAUUGCUUGCGAUGGAAGUUGCCAGGACUGGUACCACGGAAAGUGCGUCAAUGUCAAAGAGUCGGACGGUGACUUGAUCGAGAAGUAUUUCUGUCCCAGGUGUACAGAAGCGGGAGAAGGUUACACCACAUGGAAGCGCAUGUGCCGGCGCGACGGGUGUCGGCGUCCGGCAAGGCGAGAUGAGCAGAGCAAGUACUGUUCCGAUGAGUGCGGCAGACUGUUCUUCCAGUCGCUCGCCGCAAACCUCCGCAGUCAAGCCGGGACAGCCUCGACUUCUCAAAAGCCCAGGCGCGAGCGGAGGAAGACGAACCACACGGACGGCGUCGUCGACGGUGAGGAUACAGAGGAGGAUGGCACAUCCGGGCCGCGUGGUGCAACUCUGUCUGCUCGUGACCUCAAAGCGCUGACACUUUCUGCUCGCGACGUUAACCAUUUCAAGGAUCUGGGUAACAGCAUGCUCAGUCCGCCUGCCACUGCAUCUCCUUCGUCUCCGACCUUCAACCAGGAAGCACCCCUAUCCGGUCCGGAUGCCGCUCGUGUGGCUGAAAUCGAGAAAGAGAUCGAGGAUUUGAACAAACGCCUCAAGCUUCUCAAGGACCGUGAGCGCCUAGUCUUCAUGGUACGGGAACAAGUGAAUGCGGUGGCUGAGCGCGAAGGCGUCAAGCCCAAGGACAUCUGCGGCUACGACUCACGUCUCAACUGGAGCGAAGGCGAGUUUGCACUGUGGCGCGCGACGCCCAAAGGCAACGCCUGCUUCCGGAAGGAUACGCUCGACGCCGAACCGGAGGACCAGGACAAAGACGACAUCGUGAUGCAAGACGCCGCCGCCGCCGCCGCCGCCGCCGCCGUGGAUGGCACGCCGCUCGUCAACGGAACGGGGACGAAGAACGGCACCGACGUGGAGGACGCGAAGAAGCAGGAGCUCCUCUCAGAGCUGCUGGCACAGUCCGAUGUGUGCCUGAAAAAGCGCUGCCAGCGCCACACGCAGUGGGUCAAGAUCGCCCAGUACGACGUUUCGUUCGAGAGCAGCGUCGCCAGGAACGCGCUGCACGAGCUGAUGGCCGACGAGCGGGAGAUCCGACACCGCGCUCUGGUGGGCCUGCGCAAGGAAAGGAAAGCGCAGGGCGGCGACGACGCGAUGGAAGGCGAAGACGGGGUGAAGGAGGGCUGGGUAGAGGUAUUGGACUGA